UCCUCUGCUCAGAGAGAGGAGGAUCCACGGCAUGCUUUACUUCGGACCAGUUGCUGAAUGGAACACGAGCGAAGUCGCAGCGCCUUUCUCUGUCUCUCUCUCUCUCAGUCUCAAUGAGAACACACUCGCAUCUGUCCAUUAUUUUGCACGGAUUUACUGCUUAUUCGACACAAGAGAGGAGCAUUUUCCUGGAUUAUACCGAAUUAGAUAUAAAAUUGGGAUUACUGGAUCACGUAAAUUUAAGGCUGAAACCCGGGACUGCGUUGUGUUCAGAGCGCAACUCCGCACCUUUCUACACUUUCCUUUAAUUGCGCCUUGAAAAUAUGAGAGGCUCAACGCUCCUCGGCUCCGUUCGCCCCUGAGAAGUGAUCCGUCGUGCACUUACAGGCGCGUGGAGAGGAAACGGAGCCAUGAGUCGCGCGCUCACUGAGCCCGUGACCACCAGCUUCCGGGAAGACGCGCCCCGUCCACCGGUACCGGGAGAAGAGGGUGAGGAGGAGGCGUCAUCUUCGUCGUCGUUGCGUCGCGAUCCGUCCGCGUAUAUGAAAAUCAAGAACGCGGUGAAAACGGCGCGCGCGCCGCGUAGGGAUGAGGACGGCCUGGGCGAGCCGGAAGGGAGCGCGUCCCCAGACUCGCCGCUCGCACGGUGGACCAAGUCCCUGCGCUCGCUGCUGGCCGACCAGGACGGCGCGCACCUGUUCCGGACUUUUCUGGAGCGCGAGCGUUGCGAGGACGCGCUUGACUUCUGGUUCGCGUGCAACGGCUUUCGGCAGAUGGACCUGCAGGACGCUAAGACGCGCCGAGUGGCGCGAGCAAUUUACAAGCGCUAUGUGGAGGGUCGCGGCGUGGUGGCGGAGCACCUGCGAGCGGCGACGCGCGCGUGCAUCCGCGAGAGUGUCAAGAAGCAGCGGAUCGAACUGCGCAUGUUCGACCAGGCCCAGACUGAGAUCGAGGGCGGCCUGGAGGAGAGCGCCUACCGCGCCUUUCUCACCUCGGACAUCUACCUGGACUACGUGCGCUCCGGCGGCGAGAACGCGGCGUGCGCCGGCCACGCCCACGCGCAUGGCGGCCUGGCGAGCCUCGAGCUCGUGUGCGGCUACCUGCCGCCGCUAAUCGAGGACAAGGAGUGGAGCUGCGGCGAGCUGAAGGCCAAAGCGCUGGCGGCUGUGGUCGGGCUUUCUGCUGAGACGCUGCGCGCCACCAUGACACUGCGCACGGCAGACUGCAGGGCUCAGAAACGAGGCGACCCGGCCAGUCCGUAUUUCGUGAACUCGGGUCAUGUUGUGGCUCCAGCCAGCAGCGCUAACGACAGCGAGGUGUCCAGCGACGCCACCACUGAUGACUCCAUGUCCAUGACUGACAGCAGUGUGGACGGGAUCCCGCCGUAUAAGCUGGGCACCAAGAAACACCUUCAGCGGGAGAUGCACCGGAGCGUCAAGAUCAACGGACAAGUUUCGCUCCCCCACUUUCCCAGGACGCAGCGAUUGCCGAGAGAGAUGGCUCCGGUGAAGCCAUCUGCGUUCGCUGCAGAGUUGAUCGCCCGUCUGGAGAAACUGAAGCGCGAGCAGGACACGCUUAGCUCCCUGGAGGAAAGAUUGCAGCAGAUACAGGAGGAAGAAGAACGAGAUGACAGUGAAUUAGCUGUAGUCGUCCCCCAGCAGCCUCCCACUUCUCUCAACCUCCUCUCCUCUGCAUUGUGUGAUGAAGACCCUCAGGCCAUCCUGGAUGAACACCUAUCCAGAGUCCUAAAGACCCCAGGGUGCCAGUCACCUGGCAUACCAGGCUACUCGCCUCGCUCCCGUUCGCCAGACCAUCACCAUCAACAAGGCUCUGCCCCCAAUCUCUUACCUAGCAUGCACUGUUCUGUCCCAUCCAAGACACCCAUGAUGACUACCCAACCCUCCACCAAGCACAUCCAUCAUCACUACAUUCACCACCACCACUCGGCUUCACCCAAGAGCAGGGAGGAGAUGGAGGCCGAGGCGGCACACCGUGUGGCACAGUGUCUAGGCUCAUCCGGCUCGGAUUACUGUUACCAGAGGUGCCAUAACUCAGCUGAUUUCCAGCAAGGGCGUCCCAGCACGUUGUCCAAGCGUCCUAGUAACAUUAGUGAUGGAAUGAGUGGCUGCAAGUCAAGCGAAGAGGAAAGCAGCUCACCUCUGCUCCCUCGAGACGGUAUGGUCCGAUCUCACAACGUGUGGCAGUGGAUCUUGGAAAGCGAGAGGCAGAACAGGCACAAACCUCACAGUUCUCAAGGCCUGAAGAAGAUGCACCCAAGCGACUCGUCCUCAAAGACGCCCUUAUGGGGUGGUGGAGGAGUAGGUGGUCAUGCUCGAGCACACCAUCCGGGUCACCCGUUCAUCCAGGAUCCCACUAUGCCCCCUCUAUCCCCACCUAAUACCCUCACCCAGCUUGAAGAAGCCUGUCGAAGACUAGAAGAAGCCUCUAAGCCCACUAAACAAAGACACUCAGCCUCCAGCCUGCAGAGAGAAAGAGUGCAUCCUUCACUUUUCUCCAGCAGCAGCUCGCCUCUCGUGAACCCUGCCCUGCAGAUGGAUGAGUGGAAGGAGCAGCGGCGGCUGAGUGCCGGACACUUCAGCGCCCACUCUGGUUCGGAGCUGGUGGUCACCUACUUCUUCUGUGGCGAGGAGAUCCCGUACCGCAGACUCAUGAAGACCCACAGCCUCACUCUCGGCCAUUUCAAAGAACAGCUUCGCAAGAAAGGCAACUACAGGUACUACUUUAAGAAGGCCAGCGAUGAGUUCGAGUGCGGUGCUGUGUUCGAGGAGAUCUGGGAGGACGGCACGGUUUUGCCCAUGUACGAAGGAAAGAUCCUGGGAAAAGUCGAGCGCAUGGACUGAGCACAUCCAGCUAGCCAAAGCUCUGGGAUAACAUACGAAAUUCCGUUAUCCAAACACGCUGCCGCUAGGAACUUCAGACACGAGGCUAGCAGUUUAUCAGACACCAGGUGAAACAGACUCCGUUGGCACAAAUGCGUGCCUUUUUUUUUUUUAAAGCUACCUAGAGUUAAUAUAUUUGAAAAAAAAAAGAA